CGGCACCAACUCGCAGCCCGACUGCAAGACAUGUGGCUGGGACUUUCGGAAAGCUACACUCGCUCUUUAGUCCAAAACAAUUCCCAGAUUGUGUGACUGGUCAGCAUUCCCUAGCAGGAGUUUGCACGCUAAAAAGCCGUUUACUAGGCGCAAACCAGCCGCAGCUGCGCUCAAACGUGGGGAUCACGACAGCCAGGGGCCGGACAUGAUUGGAGCUGGAAGCGGCGGCCAGGGCCCGCCUGAUGGGGCAGACGGCGAGGAGGCGGAGAGGUGUCCUAUCUGCCUGGGCGUCCUGGCUGGAGGCGAACUCGCCAUGCCUGAUAGCUGCUGCCAUGUCUUCUGCCUCAGAUGCCUCCUCACAUGGGCAGAGCUGCAGAUGGCUCCUUCCUGCCCCGUGGAUAGAAGACCUUUCAGUCAUGUUUACAGAUGGGACAGGAUUCUUGGCUGUGUGCAGGUCCCUGUGAGGAAGCGACUGUCUCAAAGUGAUGCUGAGAACUGCUGCUGUAGAAACCCUAAACAAAAAGUCUGUCUCAAAAGCAAGCCCACAAGAAGGUUGAGACGGCAAAAGGUGGAGAGGACGGCAGGUGCUAAAACAAAAGGACUUGUGAGGAAAUGUAACGAUGAGGAUCCCUCCUCACUGAGCAGAAAAAAGGUGAGAGGAACAGACUGCUGUACGUGGUCACCUCCUCCCUGUGUUUCAUUAGUCACGUCAGCACAGGACGUUGCAGAUCCUGAGUGGCUGGCAGAAGAUAUACCAUAUGACACUGGACUCAAGCAGUGCAAGCCCCAGGUGCAGCACUGUCCCUGGCUCUCUCCUGCUGCUCCCAUCCCUGCUAAUGGCACCUCAAGGCAGAGUUUCCAUGGAACCAGUUGGAAUCACAACACGUUUCCAUUUGGAUUUGGCUCAUUUCCAUUUACCUCCAGCUCACCGUUCACCCCGAGCAACUUUGUGUUUCAGGGUGUUGUCUGUGCCAUCACGUGUCCCAAAGGAGGAGAGAAGAGAGGUGGCCGAGCUUCAACCUCCAAAGCCCCCACCAAAGAGACAGAGCCUCUACCGUCGAGACGAUCAGGACGCAACAGCAGCAAAACUCAAGAAGAGACUCCUGCAUCUGACCCUUCAACACCUCCACAGUCCAGUUUGUCAGACUCCGACUCAUCUGCUAGCCAGUCCACAAGGCCUGGCAAGGCUUCUCAGGUGCCGGCCAAGAGGAAAGGGAAACGAGUAACAAACCGAAAGGCUAGCGGCAAACGGAAAGCUACAACGAGAAAAAAAAGCUCUCCGGAAGUUGUUAACAGUCCAGCAGCUAGCGAGGAGGAAGCACAGGAGGACACAGUGGAAGAGGCAUGUGAGGAAGUGCAGGAGGAAGCACAGGUAGAGGCACAGGAAGCAUCACAGGAGGAGGAAAAUGACGUGAGUCAAAACAGAGAGGAGGAGGAGGAAGAAGAGGAAGAUAAAACUGAACAAGAGCAGGAUGGAAGUCACUCAGAACAGCAGCAGUCUGAUGCUGAAGAUAGUCUCAAUGAGGAACAGGAUGGUUUCAAUUCCUCUGAUGAGCAGGGAGCCGGAGGAGCUAUGAAUGAUGUGGGACAGGAGAGUGAGGAAGCUCAGGAACAAAGUGAUGAACACGAGCAAGAAGAGAAAGCCGACGAAGGUGAGAGUGACGUCUCAUGUCCCUCAGGGUCAGCUGUUAGCAGCCCUGGUUUGUGCUCUGAAGGAGUCGAGAGCAAAAAAGAGGAGGAAGAGCAGGCCAGUCCAGUUUCCUCUGGAGAAAAGCAUCCAGAGGAAAGGACUUCGCCAUCCCCAUCCCACUCCUCCACCCAGAAUGCUCUGGAAGAUGCAGUGUCUCCACAGUGUGACGAGAAGGUGGAGCAGGAUGAUGAAAUGGACAUUUGUGCAGAGUCAGAAGAUGCCAACAAUGAAGAAUCUUCAAAGAAAGUGAAGGCUGAAUCAUGUGGGAGUUUAGCACAACCUGGUUCUCCCUCUGCUCGAGAGGAAAAUGUAGCUGACCAAGAAGCGAAAGCUUCAGAGGUCAUUGAGGCAGAAAUGCUGGCAUCAAUAGAGCAUUCAGGAGUCGACAACUCUGUGGAAGGAUCCAAGGAUGACACAAGUGUUGUCCCCAUGGACUGCAGUUCACCCACGAGCGAGCAUGGGAACAACCCCGUUUUGGAACUUCCGAGUGAGACUGCUUCCCCUGCUCCUGUAAAACCACCUCCUACAACUUCUGAAACCCACGUCGCCAAAGAUGAAGGCGCCAAGGACAAAAGGGAGAGAGACAGGAGCCAAGAGAGGAAGAAUGGCAAGCAGCGGAGAUCUCGCUUCCACUCUCCAACUUCCACGUGGUCACCUAAGAGGGACUCAAAGAGAGAAACAUCCAGGCGUUCGCGCUCACGGUCUAGAGAACGUGACAGCAGCCCUUCCCCGAGGCGCUCUUCACGGGCUCGCAGCAGAGAAAGAGACAGGGACCGGGAUGGAGACAGAGACUAUUCUAGGAGAGAUCGUAGUCGGGACAGAAGGAGGCGACGGUCCCGCUCAAGAUCCCGGUCAAGGUCCCGGUCUAGAUCUCGAUCUAGAACAAGAUCACACAGACGAGGGCCCAGCCCUGAAUGGUCGACAUCUAGAGAGCAGUCUCCUCAGAGGAAGGAGCGUAGAAGCUGGAGAUCUGGAGCCGGUGGUGGGUCUGGCAGUGAAGGACGGAGGUAUCAUGGCAGCGCUGGUCACUGUGAAAAUGGUGUUCCUGCAGAAAGUUCUCCUGAUCGCCAGAGCUCAGACAAUCCCGAUUGGGUUACAGAAAAGACUCGAGGAGAUGCUGAUGGAAGGAACCGGGACUUCGGGUACAGCAGCAGCUCACGCUGGGAAGACCAUCGUGGAAGUGGUGGGAACAGAGGAGAACUACGAAGCCGAGGGGGCCCUGGAGGGUUUGAACGUGGCCGGGGCGGAGGACGUGGUGGUGGCAACCGCAACUUUUACAACCAACAGGAAGAAAUGUCUGACAGCCGCUGGCAGUCGAGGAACAACUUCUCAGGUACAGGCAACAAUUCAGGGAACGACGCAUAUAGCCGCUUCAAUGAAAACCGUGGCGGCGGGCGCAGGAAAGAGCCUGAGUCAGGCGAGCCUAUGGUCGACCGCUCAGGCUGGUCCUCUGCAUCCAGCUGGGCUGUCAGGAGGACACUGCCUGCAGAUGUUCAAGACUAUUACUCAAAAAGGGAGAGAGGCCCGGGCAUCUGGAGCCGGCAGGAGGAAGAGCAGCAGCCACCAGCUGCAGCAGAUCCUCCAAAAAGCGAUCCUCCUCUCCAGGCAGUCCCUGGUAAUGCUCCGGUGCCUCUGAUGAACGUGAUUCCACCUCAUCCUCCGCAGCUUAAUGUUAUUCAUCACUACCCCAUGCAGGCCCCACAAGGAGCCCUGCCGGUCAGCUUGCAGCCUGCAGCACCCUAUGCCAUGCCUCCUCAGGUCCCCAUGCAUCUCCACCCUGCUGUGCCGCUGCUGCAGGUGCCCGCUGUGGGUGCUCAGGGCCUCCCACCUCCUCCUCCACCACCUCCACCAAUGCAGCAAGGCAGCCAGACGGCAGCGGUUCAGCCAGACGGCCACGCUGCACAGAUGGCCAAUACCAAGGUGAGUUUUGUGAAACCAGUCCUGCUUCCAACCCCAACCAAAGCUGGGGUUGUAGCAGUGACACAAGGCCAGCCGGCACCAAGCCAGGCGCUGCCAUCCUCUACAACUCAGCCCGGCCAGCAUAACAAGGCCCAGGCUGACAGCUCCAAAAAAGAAAAGAAACAACAGAUCCAAGAGAAAGCUAUAAAUGAAGUGAAGACAGCCAUCAAACCAUUUUACCAAAAGAAGGAGAUUACAAAGGAGGAGUACAAGGAGAUAGUGCGCAAGGCAGUAGAGAAGGUGUGUCACAGCAAGAGUGGGGAGGUGAACUCUGGUAAGGUGGCCAACCUGGUGAAGGCCUACGUGGACAAAUACAAGCAUGCCCGCAAGAAAUGAAACGUCGCCCUGCUGCUGAGGUGGCAAAAGCCCUCAAAGACCCAUUGAGCUGCUCAAGUGCAAUUUCUUCUCCUUGGAAUUUGGCCUCCGAGCUGAAAGAUGAUGGAGAGCCAGCUUUUUUUUCCCUUUUCUUUUCUUUUUUUGAUAUCUCUACCUUUUAUUGAAUGAUGAAGAUUUUUUUCUAUAGAUUUUCAUAUUUUGUCAGAAAAGAACAACCCAAUCAGAAAUUGUAAUGCAAGAGCCCUUUAUUUUGCAUAGAUCAUGUGACUUGGGAACUACUGUAAAGAGCGCAGGCUAGUGUGGGGAGAGGGGGUGGGUGGGGUGGAUGAUGUUAAAGAUGCACCGCUCAGUGAAAGACAUUUCCAGGGUGCCGGCUGGUACAACGAAUUUCUCUGUUAGGGCAUCCUGAUCGCUUCUGAACUGAAUAUUGUCAGUGUCCUUUUUUUAAAUGUUAAAUAAUAUUUCAGAUGAGAUCCUAGUUUAUUGCCUUUAUCAAUCUGUGUGGCCCAGUGAUGGGCUGGAAUCUAAUGAACGUGAUUGUAAUCAGGGCCCUGAUUGGACCCAAACUGGGUUAACCAAUCAGCAGUGAGUGUAUAAUGUGAGCUGUAGCUCCUGGGUGGGAGGGGGUAGUUUAGAAACUCCACCCCCUUGCUUGAAUGUGUAAUAAGUGUCUGAGUAUACAUGAACUGUGGAAGCUAUCCAGAGAGUAGUUGAAUAAAUUAGCUGCCUCCUAACGUGCUUCUGUGUGUUUGUCACAGGAGUUGCAUGAAAGACUUCCUGUUAGAGCGCCGGGUCACUGUAAGAUUUAAUUGCAGGCUACACGGUGUGACAUGAAUCUAAUAAACAAUAUCAAGUUAGCUAUGUAGAGUGACCAACAGCGUUGGUGCGUUCAUGGUCGUUGGAGAACAGCAAAAGAGAAAUGCUCUUUUUCUUAGGUUUCUUUUACAGUACUGUGCAAAAGUCUACAGCCAACAAUGUAUUGAAACGUGUAGACAUACAUGGAUACAUACUGGGUCUAAACAAAAAAGCUGACUGUGAGUCUGACUGUUCCAGUGUCUUUUUCUGUCUUUGCUUUUACUGUAUUAGCAGUGUGUUUGGGAUCAUCACCAUGAUGGAGCGGGAACAUCACCAACACCACUGGCUGACAAGCACCUCAAAACCAAAGCCUCCCCUGUGUUUUACACAUGCUUGUAGACACUCACUGUUUUAUCCUGUCUGUGCUUAGUGACAAUAAUUUAAAGCAGGAAUGUGGAAUUAACAUCUCAAUAAGACCUGAUUUUCAGUCCAGCUCUUGAGUAAUUUGGCAUACCCUCAGUCUUUUCUCCCUGUUUCCCUUCCCUGUUUCUAAUGAGGUGUAAGUGAACAGUAGACGGAUGGAUUUUUCUUUUAAGGACAU